CAUUUUAUUUAAAAAACGGAAAAGCAAAAAUACAUCCCAAGCUGAUAACUUCACAGUUCACGCUGCCACUCCCAUUCUCUCUCUCUCUCAUUUUCAGAAGAACAAAGCUCCGGACUUUUGUAGGAACCCUGAAGGAGUAGAGAAGAAGAACAAGUAUCACAAUGAGCAUUUCUCCUCGUGGCUUUGUCACUCUCUCACUGUGCUUUGUCCUUGUGCUCUUAGCUUCUAAAGGUUCUCACGGUUCGACGUUCACGUUCAUCAAUCGCUGUGGAUUGACCGUGUGGCCUGGCAUUUUGGCAAAUGCGGGCUCACCUGCCCUCGCUACCACCGGAUUUGAGCUUCCUAAGGACACCUCACGCACCCUCCAAGCCUCGACCGGUUGGUCCGGCCGGUUCUGGGCCCGAACCGGCUGUAACUUCGACGGAUCCGGAUCCGGCGCUUGCACGACCGGAGACUGUGGCUCUGGCAUGGUCGAAUGCAACGGCCUCGGCGCUGUGCCGCCCGUUACCCUCGCGGAGUUCACACUCGGCACUGGAGGCAAUGACUUUUACGACGUCAGCCUCGUCGACGGCUAUAAUCUCCCGAUGGUCGUCGAAGUCUCCGGCGGUUCCGGUCAGUGCGCUGCUACCGGCUGCACCUCCGACCUAAAUCGCCAGUGCCCGGCGGAGCUGCGUGUAGGUGACGGAGACGCGUGCAAGAGCGCGUGCGAGGCCUUCAGAAGCCCGGAGUACUGUUGCAGCGGCGCGUACGCAACGCCUGCCACGUGUCGGCCGUCUGUCUAUUCGGAGAUGUUCAAAGCGGCGUGUCCUCGUUCGUACAGCUACGCCUACGACGAUGCAACCAGCACUUUCACUUGCUCCGGCGGAGAUUAUACGGUGACGUUUUGCCCUUCUUCUCCAAGUCAGAAGUCGACAAGUUACUCGACGCCGGGGGCAGGUUCAUCAGGAUCCGAAGUGGGAUACACGGGCCAGGGCCAGGGAUACGGAUACGGGUAUCAGGGAACCGGGUCGGAGUCGGGUGAGACAAUGUUGCAGGACGGUUCAUGGAUGGCUGGUCUUGCGAUGGGAGAAUCUGCAAGAGCCGCUGGCCCUCCUCCGGUGGUGGCCACCCUGCUUUCCGCAUUUAGCCUCUCUCCUCUCGUGCUUGGGUUUAUUUGCUUGUAGCCUUUGUUUUUUUUUUCUUUCCUUUAGUUUUGCUGAAAAUGUAAUGUUUGGCCUUAUCUUGAUUUUGUGAAUAUCUGGGGUAGGUUGGCCAGGCCUUUUGUGUUUUAGGACUAGGGAGGGCGUGUUGGCUUUGAUUGUUAGGAACAUUUGAAGUUGGUGUUUCUUGCUUGGACGUCUUUUUGGUUGGGUUUGAUGCGUUUUGUAAUGGGUAGCAGCCUCAGACGAGGUUUGGGUGCAAAACCUUGCUCUUGUUUUUUUCGCGAAACUGCGCUUUCACUGAUGUUA